GAUGUUGCUCUACACCAGAGAACUUGUGGCACCGCGACCUGGUCGUGGUCAGGGCUUGCUGCGUUUCAAGCAGAGACCGCCGACUAAUAAGUGCCUGGAGAGAUUACGACAAUCCCUGAAACAUUCCACUAUCCAUGGAAUGUUGUAUGUGUUCGAAGAGCGACACCUCUGGCAGAAGUCCUUGUGGCUAGCGAUUGUCCUGGGAGCCACCAUAGGAGGCUUGAGCAUGUACUCCGUUCUGAGGGCCCGUCUCGACGAACAAGUUCUGGUUAGCUUGAUCGAAACUACCCAACAGCCUGUGUAUCACAUCGAAUUUCCUGCGGUGGCCGUGUGUCCUUGGAGUCAUGUCAACUGGGAUCGAGCUGAGAGUGCUAUAAAGCGUUUCCUGCCCCGAAAUCCAGACGAGGAUCUUCGGGAAUCAUUUCGCCAACUGCUACACGUCCUGGAACUGACUUCGUUUGAAAAUUUUAAAAGUGCUAGUGUCCUUUCCAAGAGAAAUCUGACUGAGCUAGGAUCCAUGUCCAUGAUGAAGUUGAUCAACUAUCUGGCCUACAGAUGCGAUGAGCUUUUUGUGAAAGAUUCCUGCGAAUUCGAUGAAACUUCCUACGACUGCUGCAAGCUGUUCGUCCCCGAACAAACGGAGAAGGGCCAGUGCCUGGUGUUCAACUCCCUGAUCUCCGAGCACUCGCAAAAGAAACAGUUGACCAACAAAUUCUAUCCCUACAGACUAAGUACUGCCGGCGAGGAAUCGGGUCUUAAGUUUACCCUCAACGUGAGCUAUGCGUUUGUGCGGGAAGGCACACAUAUUCCUUUCGGAAUGAAUUUGAUGAUCAAACAGCCCAGGCAGUGGUCCAACAAGAUGAUGUACCACCUGUAUCCGCACACCGAGAACUUUGUGGCAGUGCAUCCGAGGGUGGUUGAAACCUCCACAAACACGCUCUUCAUGAGUCCCAUUAAAAGGCGUUGCUACUUCGAUAGCGAAAAGAAUCCAUUGUACAGAAACACCAGUCUACCCUACAAUCGAGAAAAUUGCUUGGCAGUAUGCCUUCAUCAUGUGGUGCUCAACACCUGCAAUUGCUCCGCGCCGGUGUUUCUUCCUCCAAUUGGUGGCACUAGGGAAUGUGCAGUGACUGAUGGGCAAUGCUUGGCUGCCAAUUCAGACAUCUUUAGCUAUUCAAAGACCCGAGACCAGGACAAAUAUAUCAAAGACUCCAGUCGGGGUCAUUUCUGCGACUGUCCCGACAACUGCAAUUCUCGGCAAUACCAAAUGACUCUCAACGUGCGAAAGUUAAAUUAUCCCAAAAAUUCAACCGACAGUCUGAUUAGAGCUCAGGUAUAUUAUGGCCAGCGUGUUAUGACCAAAAUCAUCACCAAACUCAAGUACACGGACCUCGAUUUGUUGGCCAACUUUGGCGGCAUUAUCAGCCUGUACAUGGGAGCCUCUGCAUUGAGUUUCGUGGAAGUUGGCGUCCUUUUGGCAAAGAUACUGUGGGCCCUGCUCAAAAGUAGAUAUGAAAAAUGCAUGAAGCGGAUCAAGUAG